AUGAAAUUGGAUCAAGGUAACUACAGUGUAACCAGUGCUGCUAAUAAUAAUAAUGAUAAUAAUAAUAAUAUUGGCGGUUAUGACAUAACUGACCGAACAUUAACUACCAGUCUAUCGACAUAUAAAUUAUAUAACAGAGAAAACAGUCGUCAAUUAAACAGUGAUAAUAAUCAUAUUAAUCAAUAUGUUGUUGAUGUUGUUGUUGGAGAUACCGGUCCUGAAUCACUGUCCUGGCAUAACAUUGAUGUCUACAGUAAAGUCGAUAGUAAAGUCAAAAUACCGUUCCUCAUGAAAAACAAAAACAAUAAACAAUCGGUUCAUAUACUCAAAAACGUGAGUGGUCAGGCAAAACCGGGCCAAUUGAUGGCCAUAAUGGGUUCGAGCGGUGCGGGUAAGACAACACUGAUGAAUGUGUUGACCCAACGAAAUCUAACCGGUUAUAAAUUGAACGGUUCGGUCAAAUUGAAUGACCGACCAAUGGAUCGGAAUCAACUGAAACAAGUCGCAGCUUAUGUACAACAAGACGAUCUGUUUAUUGGUUCGCUAACCGUUAGGGAACAUCUGAAAUUUCAGGCCCGUCUCCGAAUGCAUCCGCUAUUGUCGGCCACCGAUCGCUCAGAUAAAGUUAACAAAGUGGCCAAAGAAUUAGGACUUAUGAAAUGUAUUGAUGCAACUAUUGGUACCGCAGAAACCAAAAAAGGUAUAUCCGGUGGUGAAAAAAAACGAUUAGCAUUUGCAUCGGAGCUAUUAACUGAUCCGUCGAUAUUGUUUUGUGACGAACCGACUUCCGGUUUGGAUUCAUUUAUGACACUAAAUGUUUGCGAAGUAUUACAAAAUAUGGCAUCAAAUGGUAAGACCAUUAUCUGUACAAUACAUCAGCCAUCCAGCGAAGCGUUUGCAUUGUUUAAUCAGCUGCUACUUAUGGCUGACGGACGGGUAGCCUAUUUGGGAACACCAGAAAAUGCGCUUGAUUAUUUUAGCAAAUUACUUGGACUUAACUGUCCAAAUAAUUAUAAUCCAGCAGAUUUUUAUAUCAAACAUUUAUCAGUAAUACCUGGCGAUGAAAUUCAAUCAAAAAUUAAAGCAAAUGAUAUUUGCAACAAAUUUUCUUCAAGUAAUUAUUCAAAAUUAUCGAUGCCAUCGACAGAUAGUAUAAAUAGUAGUAGUAGUAGUAGUAGACUAAUGGCUAACCAUUACAAAACCAAUUGGUUUAUACAAUUUGGUCAACUAUUGUGGCGAUCGUCGAUAACAACAUUCAGAGAUCCAUUACUAACACGUAUACUGAUUGCACAGUCAGCUAUUACUGCAAUAAUAUUUGGUUUAAUUUAUUUCCAAUUGGAUCUGGAUCAAGUGGGCAUUCUAAAUAUAAACGGUGCAUUGUAUUUAUUGCUUAUGAAAAUGAACUUGACCAGUUUGUUUGGUGUAGUUAAUACAUUUUGUUUGGAAGUACCUAUAUUUCAUAGAGAACAUGAUAACGGUUUAUAUAGGGUUAGCUCAUAUUUUUUGGCCAAAAUGAUAGCCGAGAACAACAAUAAUAAUUUGGAUAAAUUUUUCUACUGUCUACUAACCUGUAUACUGAUAGCUAACUGUGCAACCGGUUUAGCCUAUUUGGUAUCGUGUUUGAGUAAAAACUCAACAAUGGCACUGACCAUUGCACCGGCCAUAUUGAUGCCGCUAAUGAUAUUUGGCGGAUUUUUCCUAAACAAUGAUUCAAUACCUGAUUAUUUUAUCUGGAUAAAAUAUAUAUCAUGGUUUUAUUAUGGCAAUGAAGCACUGGUUAUCAAUCAAUGGCUGGACAUAACUAGCAUUCCCUGUACUACUUCUAAACAGUCGUCGACGACUAACGGUUCGGUUAGUAUGUGUAUACCCGACGGCCCAGCGGUAAUCAAAUCGUUAAACUUUAAUCCCGACAAUUUUGGUCGCGAUCUAUGGAUUUUGUUGGCGAUUAUUGUUUUGCUAAGAUUUAUGGCCUACAGUCUACUGUGGAUUAAAUCGUUGAGAAAAUAA